UUGUUCAGUGGAAAACAGUGACUUACAUUUCGUCUGUAGUGCGCUCCUAGAAGUUCAAUUGGGUUCAAGCCCAAGGAUAAGGAUUACUUUUACCCAGCGGCUGCUUGUUCAUCCAUCUUCGGUCAAUAGCCCCUUCUGUUUUCCGACCCGAAUCCCCUCCCAGUUUCACGCGGUCGCAAUAUAAAGAGCCAACAAAAUACCUUUCCACCUCGUCCACCAUGAUCGAAAUCAACGGUUCCUCGAAGAGCGUGAUGGAGAACCUGGUCCGCAGCCAGGCCCAGAACACGCUCCUGCUUCAGAAAAAAUCCGCCUACUCGGUGCGGAUCUCGAGGUUUGCGGUCAUUCUCGGCGAAGUCGUCCGGUGCUUUAUCCGUCGGAAAUACUGGAAAUUGCUCUUCGACCACCUGUCUUCCUCCUCGUUGAGAAGAACCGCCGCGGCGGAAAGACAAAGCAGAGAGGAGGAACAGCGAAUAGUGGAACGAGGAGGGGGUGCGGGAGCGGGCGGAGUAGAUCUAGAGGGAGGUCGUCGUGGCUUUCCUGCCAGAGGCGCCGCACCGCCGGGGCAAACACUGCGAAAUGGUGAUUUUUAUUUCCCCGAGCGCCGCACUGAAGUAGAUGUAGAUCUAGAUGAAGAGCAACAUUUUCAUCGAAGCAACCACCCAGCACAGGUUCUCUCGUCUUCUGUGUCACCGGACGAUGUGGACCGACGGCAUCAACAUCCUGCGAGCGCGAGCAAAGAAAGCUGGGACUUUCGCACUCAACUAGGACAUUACAAUCACCGAGAGAGCAGCGCAGCUUUCGCAACGUCAGCUACCAGGAGUGGGCACCAAUAUCCAUAUCCGCAGGGAAUCGAAGUUCGUGGGCCUGCCCCACAAGUAGAGGUGCCCUCUGCAAGCUCGUCGUCAAAUAGACCAAAUCAACCAUUCUCAGCCACCAUAGCAGGACCUAGUUUCACCUCAAGUUCGCACACCCAAGACCCACUUCGUGUGGCUGCAGAGCGCGAGGACCACCUGAGCAGUAGGCUUCAUCACCGGGGCCACAAUAACGGCUUGUAUGGUCCAGGUCCGGGUUCUCUACCGAACCAUGACAACCAGCAACACGGUGCGAGUUUUUCUACCAGACCCGCUGUUGGACCACCCUCGCGUGUUCUCAGCGUCCACCACUCCGCCCCUGCUGUGCACGAACUCUCAGACACCUUUUCUCGACCGAAGAUCGUCUCGCAGUUGCGGUCGCACGUGUCCAUGAGUGAAGCAAUGCCUACUUCCGCCUCUGCUUCCUUGAAGCUUUCUGCUGGCGUCGACCAAUCUAAUCACCCGCUCUGCUUGUCGUCAAAGUCGACCGCACUUGGGAGCAUCAGUGCAGCAGGGUCAGGAACGGGAAAAUCCGCGCAUAAGUGGGAUGUCAGCGAGAAGCCCCACCUACCUUCAAGUACAACGUACGGGCAAAAUGUGGACGGAGAAGAAAAUACGGGCCGAACUUUUAUGGCAGCAAUAAGUUCUUUCUCUUCUUCUAAUAUGGCUGCAGGGGGGUCUGGAUUUGGGAGAAGUACCAACGGCCGGUCGCACAUGCUGUCGAAGCCAACUGGUGUCUCGGCCUCCGCCUCGAAGGAAUAUUUGCAGGUAUAUUUGAAUGAGGAUUAUUAUUUCUAAGUAUUUGAUAUAUGUCUAUAAUCGAUUUGGACUUGAUUCAAAAGUAUAGAAUCGUGAUUGUCCAUCUAGUUCUAGAUCUGGCGAGAAACUUACACUAGAGAAGAUGAUAUGACAAAGGACUGCUCAUUACAGCCUUCAAACCAUGUUCACCGCUCCGCCCUGCGCCGCAUCCAGUCCGAGUUAGUGGAAUCCACUGCAACUGCGAGUAAGUCAUCUACUACCUUCACGUCGAGUAAAAAAUACGCUGGCAGUGCCUUCAUGACACCUGCGCCCACUGUACCCUCCACUGCAAACAAUCGUCGCCCAGGGGCAUUUUCGUCAGAUGCCAUUUAUGGAGGACAGAAAAACUUCACUGCGUCUAUCUUCUCUACCCCUUCUGCAGGAGCUGCUAGUACAGGCGGCACUGGAAGUUGCAGUAGCGCUUCUGCCUCGGCAAGUGGAAACAAGUUGAAGCCGCACCGUACUAAGUCGGACUUCUACUCAUGUACCACAGCGCGGACAAAUCGCGAUGUUGCGCCGGGAGGUAAGAAUAGUAGCACAACGAUGUCCGCCUUUCGGGGGACGAGUAGCGGACACACAUCAACGAGGACCCAGCAGUUUUCCCGCCUCGGACCUUGGUAGCGGUAAAUUCGCGCAUACGAGGUUUUCUUUUCAUACUAACUGCUCACCCACCACUUCUUUUCUAAAAAGCCAUCUAUACCAACAAGAUCGUCUUGUCACCGCCAGAAGUAGAAGGCCUGCUACUGGCACGUAUGAAAUGCAACGACCUGCCGUCCAACGUACAACUAAAUUUACUGCACCACAUACCAAUACCAAAUGAAACGCUUCUCACGACUUGCCACCACGCUUCUUCUACCAAAAAUGAAAAUUACCAUCCGUUUUGCAGAAGACACGCCACGAACCGACCGUGCAUUACAUACAGUUUUGCGUUUCCGCGAUAGUAGCAGAGUUGUCUUCCCACACAUCAGCUACUGCUGCGUCAGUUGUCUUGCUUUAUCCCGCACCUGGAUAUCGGAGUACUUGACAAACUGCAACAGCAUUUUCGCAAAAUUUUGAAAAGGUGUAGACUGCAAACGCACCAGCAGACACGUCUGCAUGAUUUUGACGAACAUCUCAACAUCCUCAUGUGACCACGACGACUCUCUCCGCAAUCUUUCUCUCUGUGACUAAAAGAAUACUUGUACUUCUUUCACCCUUAGCCUACACUUGAUCGAUAUACAUUUAAUUGCCCUCGAGAUUACAGCAUCGCUGCUAUCUCAUGGACAUGGCGCGACGAGGGUAUCGAUGCAAGUGCCAUAUUGUAGUGGUCGCUCAUCAUGCUCCAUCUAGAUUAAAGGGCGAAUAGCAAUGGAGCUGCAGAACAGUCGCAGCAUCACAAGUGAAGCGCAUCCUUGUGGUUUGCUAUCAUUAGGCGUGAAAGAUUUUUUCAAAACUGGUUUGUGUACCCUCAGCCCCAGCACGCCACAUCGGCGUCGUCGGCAGCACGACUUAAUUCUGGUCAACACUAGAAU